UCGUCAUCGCAUAACCCCGCCAUCACCACACUCAUUUUCGUAUCCUCCACCGCCAGAAUGGCCUCGACCACCCGACAGCAGCCAGCUUGGGCUGCUCCCAAACCCCUCGCCGACAAUGUCACCGUUCCAGACCUUGCCAUCUACAACUCCUUGACCAGGAGGAAGGACAAGUUCGUGCCCAUCAGUGCUGAUGGAAAGACUGUCCUGUGGUACACCUGCGGCCCAACGGUCUACGAUGAUGCACACCUUGGCCAUGCCCGGAACUACGUCUCGACAGACGUGGUAAGGCGCAUCGUCCAAUACUACUUCGGCUUCAACGUCAAGUUCGUCAUGAACAUCACCGACAUCGACGACAAGAUCAUCCUCCGCGCCAGGCAACAGCAUCUCCUGGCAGACUUUCGCAGAGAUCACCCCGAAGUCGAUGAGAACGUCCUGUCCACGGCCCAGGCGGCGUUCAAGGCCUACCUGAAGAAAAAUCUCCCCCUGAUACCCGAGGACACCAAGCCAGAAGCUUACGAGCUGGAGAAGAAUAAUGCGUACGCAAGGGUUCUAGAGGGAAAGGCCCUGGAAGGGGACAAUGAAACGCCAGGCGACAAGGAGGCCAAGCUCAAGAUGCACAUGAACACUGCCAAGUCUGCCGCCACUGCCUUGCAACUGUCCAUCGGACCUGAGCAGUUCUACGCCGACGCCGAGGAUAUACUUCUGCCGUACUUGGACUCGUUGCACGGCACGUCUGUGGACUCGAAAGACUACACCAUCUUCACAAAAUUGACGCAGAAGUUUGAGAACCGCUUCUUUGAGGACAUGCACGCCCUCAAUGUCCUCGACCCUGAUGUUCUCACGCGGGUUACGGAAUACGUGCCCGAGAUUGUGACUUUUAUCGACAAGAUCAUAGCGAACGGCUUCGCCUAUGCGACCCCUGAUGGAUCUGUCUACUUUGACAUAGCUUCUUUCGAGGAGGCUGGCCAUCCUUAUGCCCGACUCGAGCCCUGGAGUCGGAAUGACAAGGCCCUACAGGCUGACGGAGAGGGCUCGCUAGCGAGCAAGACCACCACAAAGCGGACUGAUGCCGAUUUCGCUCUGUGGAAGGCCAGCAAGGCAGGUGAGCCAUCCUGGCCGAGCCCGUGGGGCGAGGGACGGCCGGGGUGGCACAUCGAAUGCUCAGUCAUGGCCUCUGAAGUGCUGGGGGAGAAGCUAGACAUCCAUUCCGGCGGCGUCGACCUCCGCUUCCCACAUCACGACAAUGAGCUGGCCCAAUCCGAGGCAUACUGGGGGAGCAAAGAUCAGUGGACAAACUACUUCUUACACAUGGGCCAUCUCAGCAUCGCAGGUGCAAAAAUGAGCAAGUCCUUGAAGAAUUUCACGACGAUUAGAAAAGCCCUCGAGCGCGAAGAGUGGACUUACCGCAGCCUUCGCAUUGCUUUCUUGCUCGGCGCAUGGGAGAGCGGUAUUGAGGUCACUGACGAGAUCAUUCGGGCGACGACCUCGUUUGAGGACAAGAUCAACAACUUCUUCUACAAGGCCUCGGACGCUGCAAGAAUUCAAGAGGCUAAGGCCAAGGCUGAGGUGGCCAGACAACAGAUCCUGGACGUGCACAAGAAGGCCGCCGAGGAGGUCGACACGGCCUUCCGCGACUCCUUCAACACACCUGCGGCAAUGAGGGCGAUCUCCGAUCUCGUGACCAAAUAUAAUGUCAUGGCGGACGUGCCUGACGAUGCCACCCUGACGAUCGCGCGGUGGGUGACGAAAAUAUUAACAAUCCUGGGACUGGAUGCCAAGGGCGAUGUGAACGACCUCUCCCGGGUGGCUUGGUCCGGCGUUGACAUACCAUCCGAGGCGCAACCUUUCAUCUAUCCCGUCUCCCAGCUGCGUGACGAGGUCCGCGAGAAAUCUCGUUCCGGCGCCCUGGACCAUUCACAGCUGAUCCAGAUAGCGGACAAGGCGAAGCCGACCGGAUCAGUGGCCCACGGUGCCGGGGAGAAAUACGAGCAGGUCUUCACGCAGUUCCAGACGGACGUCAAGAAGCUUGCAAGCGAGAAAGCGCCCGCCAAGGACCUUCUUGCCCUCUGCGAUCAACUUCGCGAUACCCACCUCUGGGAACUCGACAUCUAUCUGGAGGAUCGUGACAGACAGCCUGCGCUGGUCCGACCUGUGGACAAGACAGUCAAGGAAGCUCGGCUGGAGCGCGAGCGUGCUGCUGCUGAGAAGGCGGCGGCCAAGGCCAAGAGGGAGGCGGAGGAGGUCGAGAAGAAGCGGCAAGCAGAUGAAAAAGCCAAGGUCAGCCACACGGAGAUGUUCAGGACGGCCGAGUUCUCGGCUUGGGAUGAGAACGGCAUACCAACCAAAGAUGCCAAGGGCGAGGAGGUGACCAAGAGCAAGCAGAAGAAGCUGCAGAAAGACUGGCAGAGACAGAAAAAGUUACAUGAGGACUGGCUUAAGAGGCAGGGAGCAGCUUAGAAUGCUGGGUAGACGGGGCAAUUUUUUUUUUCUGGGGAUGGGUCGAGCCACUAUUGAGCUGCUCGACAAAGGCACAGCGAUUUACUUUUGGUGCUGGAGGGGACAUUCAGACCGUUGAUGAGAAGGGGGAGACUGGGUUAGGCCGAAAUGCACAAGGUCUAAUCGAUAAAAUGGCUCCUCAUGAAAAUACCAGUUCCAAUCAUGCCG